AUGUCCAAUGGUCGCCGUACCGGUGCUGCCAGUACAAGUGCCACCGUCACCGGUAUUGCAAAUGGUCCCGGUCCAGUUCCAGGGCAAGGUCCAGGCCCCAAAGCUACUAAUCACCCCAAUACCAUAACCAGUGUUUGCGCCUACACAACUAUCUCUGACCCUGAUGCCGAGCCUGCUGACGCCGCUAAUCCUUCCCCAGACACGCGACCUGUCUUCCUCCCUGAGGAUUUAGAAUACCCUACCGUCACUGUACAUGAUACAGACCCUCAACACCACCUAGCGGCUGCCUCUACUCAUGCAGCUCCUGCCGCUAGCUAUACCCUAGGCGUCCCAAGCUUUGGUUCACAGCCCUGGGCUGCUCCUUCUGGGCCUUUUCUCGAUUUCGCGCCUCAGCCAAUAUAUGAGCCUACCGGCGAGUUAAUCCACGAAAACAUUCACACCUUUGACGAGUUCGACGCCCCGUCCAUUUCGAGGUUUCCAUUUCCUCCCUCCACCACUCCGAAGAAUCCGCCACCGCCAACAAGCAACUCGGCCGACGUGGCCACCACCGCCAAUGGUAAUGGUUCGGUGACGGCCUUCAUCCCGCCUUUGCUUCCUCGAUCUGCUCUCAAACGAAAGUCCAGCUCCGUUGCAACGACCCCGACCGAAUCUUCCGGUGACAAGAAAGUCAGAGUCCUACCUGGACCAGCAUCCGAAUCUGCCGUUGCAAGUAAUCGUUUUGUCACCUUUGAGCGGAUGUCAGGCGUCGGGCCAACGUCCCCUGAUGAAGGAUCUACCUCUUCAGACCUCCCAGCCGGCUCCAGGGCAGCUCCAGGUAUAUCUGCUGGCAACCGCAGAACCCGCCAGUCCUCCGCCUCAACACCUAGACCAUCAGUACUUCCCACAACCUCGUCACACACGUCGACUAGGCAGAGAGGGACACGCACUUCUUCGGGACAUCCACCUUCAAUCCUCCCUCCGGAGAAGGUCUUCCCCAUUCAGAUAGGAUCGGAUCUGUUCAGGUUAUCAGGAGCCUCGAUAUCAUCCGAUGCCCCAUCCUAUUUCACUCAAUUUUUCGAAGAACAGAUCCGACAAAAUGAGGAAUCUGGCGGAGUCAGGACGCUAUAUAUCGAUCGAGAUCCUGCAACUUUCCGAGACGUGGCCAGGCAUUUACAAGGCUACUACGUCAAACCGGUGGACGGAAGCCACUUUGUGAAGCUGUUCGCAGAUGCCCAGUUCUACAGCUUACCUCGCCUUAUAGACCAGCUGUUUGAGUCCGAAAUCUUCAUUCAGAUCGGAGAACGACAUUUUCAAAUACCCAAAGACAUCUUUUCAGAACCUGGAAAUUCACCCAACUUUUUCUCUCUAGGCUUUGCGGUUUUCUUCUCGACGCCUGGAGAAGUUUUUCCCGGGUUAGACCGUCGAGGGCUUCUUCGUCCACCUUCGAUAACUCCACCUUACGUCCCUGGUCGAUCAGCUGAGAUUUUUGCAGAACUAUUGCAUCUUUUACGAGGCUAUCCUCUCCAUAUUAGGAAUGAAUCACAUCGAGCCGAACUACUACGAGACUGCCGCUACUUUCAUUUGAGGGGGCUGGAGCAAAAGAUCAUUGCCCACGAGAUCAGCUACAAUUCAGAGAGACAAAAACAGGAGAUUUGUCUGCGGCUGGAAGACGUCAAGCCUUCAGGCGUGUCAUACACCAGUGACGAUUCUCUCGGCGAGAAGUCAUCCACUGGAGGAUGGGUUUACUACGCGAGGCCCUUUGUAGACGACACUUCCUAUGAAAUGGUGGUUGAAAUCGGAAGCGAAAGUACAGUGCUGGACUUGACGGACAUGAGGGCGGACUUUCAUGGACUAGCAAAGGCCCGAGUGUCAUCUCUGUUCCAAGUGGUGGCCAACAAAAUGAACCUGCCCACGAAUGCACCUUUGGGACUGGUGAUGCUGUCGGGAGGGAGGACUUCGCAGUCGGCCAGCCCUGGACACACCCCUUUGAGCGAAGACCGCGUGAAAGUGCGCUUCGAGGCUGCAACGGACAUCACACUGGACGGAGAAAGCUUUGAAAUCGACUUCGAAAGUUCAAUGGGCCAAGCCAUGCUCCAUGGGCCCUCGACGGCGCCCAGUGAAUCGGAGUCGGAAUCGGACGUCAUGAGUGAAGGUACAACGGUCAAACCUGGUCCUACUGCGGCCAGCGGUCAGCAACGCCGCCCUCAAACGCGACAAACGCCAGCAGGACCAUCCUCGCAGGCAGCUACAGCUCGCGGGUCCUUACCCGUGCCCCCAAUCCAGACCAGCAGACUCACUGCGCCAUCGGCCAAAAAGAGAAAGAGGCAAAGCAGUCAGGGGGAGCUUGGAGAAUGGACCAUUCGUACGGGACAGUGGCGACUGCGAGUGCAACCUAAUUCCCAAGACUCGAUACGAGGAGGAUUCGAAAUUGUUUUCAUCGGCGUCAAGAUUGAUGCAUUCUCCAGCGAGCGAGCAAGGAAUGCAAGAAGGCCAUUCCUCAACUGA